AGAAGCUGAAAUCGAAAAUCGAAAGAGAGGCAAGAGAUCGGAUCUCCCCCUCGCUCGCACUCGCAGUCGCGCUCGCGCCAGAAAAAGUUUUACCAAUCAAGUUUUUUAUUUCGCAAUAAAACAAAAAGAAAAAAACAAAACUUCAACCUAGUUAAAGUUAAUGUUGCUGUUGUAGUUGUGGUCGUGCUGUUGUAGUGAACUUUUGUGAGUGUGCGCCUCCCGUCUGUGUGCUUUGGCAUUGUGUUGGUGGAUAUUUCUUGCGUUGCGUCGCAGAGCAAAAGAAGAGGAAGAAGAAGCAGCGGGAAAGCCAAAGAGAAAUUUCAAUAUCCGCUCCUGCAAAAAAAUAGGAUUUGGCCAAAGUAUAAACAAAUCACACGAUGAUCAAUGAAAUCGAAAGCCGUCAGUGAGCAUUAUGCACUAUAUAGCCGAUCGCAGGGAAUAAGCGAUCAGAACAGAAAGUGCAAAGUGAAGUGACUAUAUUCGUCCUGGGAUUAACUAACUGCUGAAUAACCAACUUAAUGAAAGAGUUUCAAAGAAUGUUGAUGUUGCAAUACAGCAAGCAUGGCGAGUGCAUACUCAAAGAAAUCGGAGCAGCCUUCAGAGGGGAGCACCCUGCGGACCUGACCAUCGUCUGCGAGAACAAAGUGAAGCUGCACGCCCACAAGUUGGUCCUGGCGGCCGCCAGUCCGCUGAUAAGGAACCUGCUGGAGGACACCCACUUGAGCGACUGCUCGACCACCGUGUACUUUCCCGACGUGAAUGCCACCUACUUCAAGUUCCUGCUGGACUUUCUGUACUCCGGUCAGACGUGCAUCACCUCGCGGGAUGUGAACUACCUGCACGACCUGCUGCUGCUGCUGCAGAUCAAGUCGGACAGCUGGAAGACCACCGAUUCCGCCUAUCUGAGCAGCAAGUGCGGCGGUCUGCGGGAGCGGACGGACAGGCGAAAGCAGCAGUACACUAGCCCGCAGAAUGUGGAGCCGGAUCAGACGCUAAAGUACGAGGUGGACAGCGUGGAUGAGUCGCGCAACGCGGCCGACUUCUCGUCCGCCUUCAACUCCGGCGACAAUUGCGAGAGUGCGCCCGAAUGCGAGCGAAGUGGAGGCGGCGGGGGGCACAACAAGGAGGAGGACGAGGACGACUGCACCCACAAGGACAACAAGAGCGACAAAGACACGGACGAAAUUGUAAAUCUCUCGAAUGCCCCGCCUAGCGGAACCAGCGGCAGCAACAGCAACAUCAGCAGCAGCAGCAACCACCAGCAUCAGCAGCAUCAGCACCACCACCACAACCACAAUAACAACAAUAAUAAUAAUAACAACAACAGCAGCAGCUCAGCUAUAAAUCCCGUCAACCUUUCACUCGACCUUCGGACAAAGAACGAGAACUCGGCGGGCCGAACCCUGGGCUCCGGAUCCGAACACAGUGGCAUCGAUCUGGCCGUGACUGCCAGCGAGAGCACAAAGCGCAAGGGCCUGUUCUUCGACUCGCACAAGGACGUGAUGAAGCCGCUGUCGGAUGGCUCGGAUAUCAACAGCUCGCCGGAGAACUACGUGGUUACGCCGCACCGGAAGCGGCGACCCGGAUUCCACAACACGCAGAGCGACAACCAGCCGUUCACCUCGUAUCCGCACAGUCUGCUGGAGGAACUGCGCCUGGCCAAGUCGACGACAUCGCCCAUUUCGGGCUUCGGAUCGGAGAAGAACAUGCUGGCGCAUUUGGAGGAUGGAGCGCUCAACGGGGACACCCUGACGCCGGACAGGAAGCAUCUGCUGGAGGCGCAGCGCAAUCGAGCCCAGAGUCCCGAGAUGCCGAUGCACCUGGGCCCCCAGUUCGUGUACCAGUGGCAGUCCAACCAGAACGCAGCCAUGUCCGCAAUGCCCAACCUGCAGUCGCGACUCUCUAGUCUGUCGCACAUCAGCCUAAAUCUCGAUCAUCCGGAGGGGCGCAGUGGGUCGGCCUCGGGUUCGGGAUCGAAUCUGGGCGGCAGCAACACCCACGCCUCCUCGGUGCGGGAGUAUCGAUGCGAGUACUGCGGCAAACAGUUUGGCAUGUCCUGGAACCUCAAGACCCAUCUGCGCGUCCACACGGGCGAAAAGCCGUUCGCCUGCCGCCUGUGCGUGGCCAUGUUCAAGCAGAAGGCCCACCUGCUGAAGCACCUGUGCUCCGUGCAUCGAAACGUCAUCACCACCACCAACGGGGCGGACACGGAGAACCGAUACAGCUGCUGCUUCUGCUCCAUGUGCUUCGAAUCGGUCCAGGAGCUCGUCCGCCACCUGUCCGGCCACCACAACAACCUGCUGCUGACCAAGAAUCUGCGCGAAUAGUGUCCCGGGCAUUCGG